AUGGCGCAAUGUGCGGUGAAGGUGCUGUCUGCGCAAGAGGGCCUUGCCGAUGUCGCGAAGCUGAUGCAGGCCCCGGACAUCAGCGGAGUGGUCCUGAAGGACUUCGUGGGCGCGCGCGGCCACGGAAGCUUGCUGACCUGGGCCCGGGACUUUUGCCGCCUGGGGGAGCCGGUCAAAGACCAGCUUUGCUACUACGAGGGCCACGAGGCCCAGGCCGGUGAGCCCUUCAGCGAGCAGCUGAAGCGGCAGCUCGCGGCCGACUUCCGGGAGUGUGGGGAGGCGCUCCUGCAAGAUCAGGUGGUGGAGGAGCAGUCCGAGGUUGCUCUUGGAAGCCAGUCCGCCGCCGAAGCCCUCUGGGAGAUCCUGCAGGAGUUGAUGGAGCUGCACAGGUCGAGCACAAAGUCUGGUGAGGACUUGCGCUGGAAGGUCCAGCUUGAGGUGAAUCAGGAUGGCGCCUGCACGAAAUACCAUGCGGACUCGGUGCAGGUGAGUCUUGCCAUAGCUCUUGCCGGCGAGGGCCUGGUGCUCGCGCAGCCAAGCGAGGUAGAUUGGGCCUUCUAUGAGUCCUGUGAGGGUGUGGUCCCUGCUUUGGCAAAUGAGGACCUCGCAGCCGACUCAGCCUGUGAGGCCAUCAGGGCAUGGAAUGCGCGCGUGAGCAAGGGCGAGGUGACCACUGAACCCGGUGACCUUUCGAUCAUGAAGGGAGGCAGGCUGAAUCCGGAGCGACCUUGCCUGCAUCGAGCUCCAUACAGCGCCGAGGAAGGCAAGGAGCCCCUUGGGCUUCUUGUGACUGUGGACCGCAUUCCUCAGGAGGAGCUCCAGAACUUCGCUUCCAUGGUCUUUGAAGAGCAUGAGUCCCCUGAGUCCGCUCAGUCUGAUGGGCCGGCCCAUGAGGAUCAGGAGAUGCCAGAGGCUUCCGACCUUCUUCCGGUCACGGUUCUGAGCGGCUUUCUGGGUGCCGGAAAGACCACUCUGCUGACGAAUCUUCUCCAAAACCAGGAGGGCCUUCGUAUCGCUCUGAUUGUCAAUGACAUGGCUGAAGUCAACGUCGAUGCCUUGCUAGUGAAAUCUGCCAGUCAGGUUCUCACGGGGAAGGACAAGAUGAUCGAGAUGCAAAAUGGUUGCAUAUGCUGCACGUUACGCGGAGACCUCAUCGAUAACGUGAGCAAGCUGGCUGCAGAGAAGCGCUUCGACUACCUGUUGAUUGAAAGCACGGGUAUUUCAGAGCCCAUGCCAGUGGCAACGACCUUUGUUGACGAGCAUGAUGGCAAGGACAUGCUUGGCAAAGUGGCCCGUCUUGACACCCUUGUGACCGUGGUGGAUGCCAUGAACUUUUCGAAAGACUAUGACACUGCUCAAUUGCUCAACGACCGGCCGGCAUUGGGCGCGGAGGAAGGCGACCAACGCACCAUUGCGCAGCUCCUCGCUGACCAAGUGGAAUGCGCCAACCUGAUUGUGCUCAACAAGGUCGACCUGGUCAAGGAGGAGGACGUCACGCGCUUAGAGCUCCUCCUGAAGAAGAUGAACCCCAAAGCCAAAAUCAUCCGUUCUACCUACGGAAAGGUUGAUUCCAGGCUCCUGUUGAACACGCGCAGCUUCAACUUGGCGGAAGCCGAGGAAAUGCCAGGCUGGUAUCAAGAGCUGCAAGGCAAUCAUGUGCCCGAGACAGAGGAGUACAACAUCUCCAGCUUCGUUUUUCGAGCGCAGAGACCUUUUCACCCCAAGCGUUUGGACAAGCUAUUCAGCAGGGGCCUUGAUGGAAUUCUCCGCUCCAAGGGAGUUCUUUGGGUUGGAGGCCUACAGACCUCCUCCCUCGUGCUGAAUUCGGCUGGUGCGGCAGUGAGCAUCCAGAGUGGCGCACCAUGGCUGCAUGGCUCGGAGGAUGUUUCUGAUUGGCCUGCUGAUUGUCACAAGUACAAGACCGCGCCGUAUGGCGACAGGCGUCAGGAGCUGGUCCUCAUUGGGACGGACCUGAAAGAGCCCGAGCUGCGGAAGUCUCUAGAGGCCGCGUUAGUCACAGAUGAGGAGUUUGCCUUGGGCCCGAAGGAGUGGGCCAAGUGGCCCAACCCGUUUCGAAGCAGAAAAAGGAAGAAGCCUUCCGCGAAGGGUGCUCCUCGAAAGAAGGCGUCAGCGAAGAAACUGGUCACAGCCAGAGAGCUCAACGACGAAGCUUAG